AUGAGUCCAUCAAGAAUCAUGCGAAAAUCCAUCUUCACAUUCCUUCAAAACUUCCAGCAGCUCUCCUCCGCCCCCUCCCUCCUCCUCCUCCCCUUCGCCGCCUCCAUCCUCCUCUCCCCGCCCCUCGUGGCCUCGUCCCGCCUCUUCCCUUUAAUCCACGGCCGCCUCCGCUCAGUGUUCCUGGCCGCCGGCAUCCCGCCCCAAUCGGAACUCUUCGCCAUACUCAACCUCAAGCUCGCCCAAACCAUCCUCUCCUUCGCCUUCUCUCUCCCCUUCUCCCUCUCCUUCCUCCUCCUCGCCAAGGCCGCCGUGAUCAGACUCCUCCACCGCCACAAACCCAACUCGUUCCUCUCACUCAUCUCCACCCUCAACCGCCUCGUGGCCACCCACAUAUGCAACUCGCUGCUCAUCCUCUCCGCCAACGCCACCUGCUUCUGCCUCCUCGCCGCCGCCUUCAACUGCGCCGACGUGCUGAGCCUCUCCUCGCCGAGAUUUCGGCUGCUCCUGUCGGCCACGGGCGCCAUAGCCUAUUCCAUCGUCCUCGCCAACGCCUACAUCGUCUGCGGCAUCGCUCUGAUCGCCUCGGCCGUGGACGCGGACGGCGGCGGAGGGCUCAGCUCGAUUCUGGAGGCGUGCGCGCUGAUCCGCGGGCGGACCUCCGCCGCAUUGUCUCUGGCGGUGCCCAUGAACAUGGCUCUCGCCGCCGUCGAAGCCCUGUUUCAGUACCGUAUCUUCAAUGCUUACAGCCGCGAAACGGCGGUCACUCCGCCUAUGGUUUUGGAGGCGGCGAUCAUCGCGUAUAUCUACGCCAUGGUUCUAAUUCUUGACACCAUUGUUGGUUAUGUGUUGUUGAAAAGUCUCAGAGAAGAGCAGACUCAUUUCAACCCUCAACGGAUUGACUUCUUCAGACAAGUGAAGGAGUUAGAAUCGGUGGUUUCAAUUUGA